GCUGUCUGAAACAGUGUUUCACACUCUGUUUGGGACCUCGGAGACAGGCGGCGAAAACGGUCGCCGAGGAGUUUCGACGACGGCGAUGGAAGGGCUCGAGUACGACGCCAACGACGUCGAGGAGCUCCUGUCGCUCUCCGACUCGGAGGACAUUGAGGCCGACGAUCGGCGCGUUCUCUUCCCGCCUCUGGUUUUGGACCUCGAACCGCGCGCCAAAAAAGUUGACCGGCUCAAGAAGCUUGGCGUCCUGCACAGCCCGUUUGGCGACUGGCCGCGCAACAACGUCCGGUCGCCGCCCUCGGUCGAGUGCAAGCUCGAGUCGCCCCAGAGCCCGUACGUCAAGGCGUCGCCGGCAAAACUUCUCAAGAAGAAGCGACACCCGACCAAGCUGCCACCACCGAUCGAGAUGGAGACAUCGCCGACCAAAUUCAAGUUCCAGACCAACGACAUUAUCAAGCACGGGGACCUCAAGGUCUACAUGUGCCGGUAUACGACGAUCCAGCCUCUUUUCUGCGUCCCGUUUCACGAACACUCGUCCUUAACCUCGAGUCGGAAGCUCAUCGACGACCUCCUCAUGGUGGACAUGGUCGACUAUUGCUUUGUCGCUCCGAAUGGCAACUCGAAUCUGUUGAGAAAUCAUUUGAUUGACAUCGCCUACUGGUUCCACCCCGUCUUGACGAUCCUCGUGCUCUCGAUUCAAAAUACGCCGCAUUUGUGUCAGAGCCCAGACGCGCUCCGCGACGCACUCUCGCAGCUCGGUCCGGGCAGCCAACCACCGACAAAAGAAAAGCCAUGGAACUUGUCGUACGCGAGCUUUGGCAACUUUAGCUCCCAGAGCCUGCGGAUGCAAACUGCUAUCAUCAAGUCUCCCAUGAGCUCCAAAAUCCGGAAACGCCACGCCCGCGACGUGCUUCGACUCGCGCUCGAGACGCCCGCACCCGUUGACGACACUGUGUUUGAGACGACACCGAACGCGGCGUUGGACCCGGGCACUGUGCAAACGAUCCUUGAACGCAGUCGCUACGACGUUCUCGACCGGUUUUCGGACCUCGAGUUUCAGAAACGCCGCAAGCGUCAUCUGCGGCUCCAGCAAAAGACGCUGGUGCACGCACUUGAGAUGCACGAGCGUGUCGUUCAACUGCAGUGCUGGGUGCGCACGGUAUGGAGUGUGCGCAAGGUCGAGGUGCUGCGAGAGGCGCGGCGUCGAGCGCUCCAAGCGCAGUUACCGCCCCCCAAUUCGGGCGACGGCCGCCCCCGGCGCUAUAGUAUCAGUUUGAGCCAAAAACCGCUUGUCGUCUCGAAUGUGCACUUUGUACCCCAUUUUGGCGCCCACGAAGAACAAGGCAUCGUCAAAUUACAAGCGCUGCAACGCCGGCGCAUUGCACAAAAGAGCUUUCGCCAAGCCCACGCGAUCAAAACAAAAGAGCUCGAGCAGCGCCACGAAAUGCUCCAGAAAACCCAAGACGACUACGAACGCGAGGCAGCGCUUACCAACAUCAAACGGCUCCAAAAAGUCGAGCAAAAACAACGCAAGGAGCUCCUCAAGCAGCACGACGAGCAGCGACGGCAGGCGGCGAUUCUCGCGAUCCAGCGCUUCAUUCGCCGCUUCUUGGCCGUCCGCACCGUCAAGCGCCUGCGGAUGGAGCGCAAGGCUGCGAUCAAAAUCCAGUCCCAUCUGCGCAAAAACACCGCUCUCACCACGCUCGAGAACCUCAAGCUCCAGUCGCGCAAGUCGAGUCUCAACGUGUCCGGGUCGUCCGCCAACAACAACGACAGCUACCACCCACGCCUCUUUUGCCGGCGCGUGCACUUUCACGAGACGACCAAUGCUGUUGUCCUCGUGUUGCUCACCAAGACUCAGAUCUCACUGGUGCUCUACGAACCGUCCUCGGCAAGCCACCCGACGGCCGUCGAGUGCACCCUCGAGACAGACGAGCUCAAGACUCUCGGGCUCCUUACGCGGUCGUACUUUAUCACCGUCGGCGACAUUGACCGGCUCAUCGAAGGACUGGUCAUGCAUCUCAUUGUCCAGCGUGGCCGUGUGCUGCCCAACCCGCGCGAAGUUCACCCAUUUCGGAACCUCAACAUUGACGCGCGGUCGCUCGUUCUGGGGACACCGAAUGUGUACUUUGGGCAGCUCUACCAAAAGUGUAGCGAUUGCAACAGCGCCGAGGACCUCCUUCGACCCUUGCGGUAUGCCAAGCCCACGCUGCACUACUACGUGGCGAAGCGCGUCAAGCUCGGAAUGGCGCACUUUGCGUUCUUUGAAGACCAGGGCGUCUUGUAUGUCGAAUGCUACGUCUCGCGCUGGCACCUCUGUCUCUGCAUUGGGCUGCAGUACAGCGAGUGGAGCUUUAGUAACCUCCCAGUGCUCGCGCUCUGCACGGCAGCGCAGAAAGUCGCGAUUGCCAAACACAUGGUCAACCACAUUACCUUGGGCCACACGAACGCUGUGCGCAUUGACGUGCGCCAGCGCAUGUUUCGGCAAGCCAAGCGACUCCGGUGCGAGACGUCGGGCAUCAUCACACAUGUUGUUGGCCUCUUUGCCAUGCACCGCCUCGGGAUGGCGCUGCAGCUGGAAGUCGUCUUCGCCUCUGGCGACGUCCUCCAGAGCAGCGUCGGCCACGACAUUUUGGACCAGAUUGGCUACAAAACGCUCUUUGAUAUGGACGUCGAGACGGUCCAGAUCUUGAGCCGCCAAAUGCUCAGCUACCUCCGCGUCAUUGAGCACGAGUUGGUGCUGCAGAUCGAGUGACUGUAUACAGCGCUAGCGCGGUCGCGUUCGACGAAGCA